AUACCCAAUCGACAGCCAGUAUCUGAAACUGAUGAACUGGCAAUUAUGACCAAGUUUUUUGCAGCAGCUCGCUGGAAAAUCGUGGCUAGAAAAAUUGGUAGUCGAAAUCGUAAUUUCGCGGCGUGAGGUUUAAGGUACCAGAAGAUGAUAGACUUCCGAACAGGCCCCUUAGCUUUGGCCGCGUUGGCCGUGUGCCUAGGAUUGUCCAAGUGCCAACAGGACCUACCGGCAUCCAAUGGCAUAGCCAUGCCAGUACCGGGGGACCCGCUCUACUAUUUGAAUGCUGAUGCAGGUCUUUCCGUGGCUCCCACCGUAUCCCUGAAACGCACCAAUCGUUCCCUGCUGAAGUGGUGGGACGACCUCUUUCUGCGAAACAAUUGCUGCAACAAUAACAACAACGUUGUUUAUCCGCCAGCACCUGUUGUACCACCUCUGGUGAACAAUAACUGCAACGGUGGGCUGCAGCUCCAGGACCUUGAUCCUUUCAAGCAAAUAAAGCUUUUCAAGAAGCUGCCCGACCUCUUCACGCCUCCCAGUCCAUGCGGUCAGACUUGCGGUGGCUGCGGACAGCUCCCCCAACCACAGCCAAACUAUGUUGCUCCUUUGGCUCCUGCCUAUGGUGGGGAAGGGUAUGCUCCGGUGCCAGAGGAAGAGUACGUCAAACCUAGUCCCAACUACGACGGUCCAGGAGAUGGCAACGCCGGCUAUGUGUCACCACCCGCCACAGACACCUAUGUGGCACCGGUUGCUCCUGCGCCUGCGGCUGUAACUUAUGAGGCGCCCGCUCCAGCAUACGAAGCUCCAGCUCCAGCUCCAGCAUACGAAGCGCCUGCUCCAGCCUACGAGGCACCUGUAGCUCCGCCAGCUGCCUAUGCAGCCCCGGCUCCUCCAGCUGCCGAAUAUGUAGCCCCACCGCCACCAGCUCCCGCUCCUGCCGCCGAUGUCUAUGCUCAGCCAGCUCCAGCCGCAGCGCCACAACUACCGCCGAUUGUCUACCAACCCAUAAUUUACGUCUCCUCCCCCUUGGUCUCCAAGUCCCAGGUGCAGGCUGACGAAAACCCGGCUUAUGGAGCUCAGCCGGCACCACCAGCUCCCGUCUACGAGGCUCCGGCACCUGUUAAUUAUCCUCCGCCCCCAUCGCCCUGUGGGGGUUACCCUUCUUACGCGCCUUCCACCCCCAACUAUGCCACACCCUCUUGUCAAGCCCCCAUCCGCCUGUCACUGAUCGACCAGCCUUACCGAGUGGCUCCGGAACUCUUCGAGGAGUACAACUAUCGGCUCGACUUGGCGGCACAGAAUUUAAUAUAGAUUACGACUCGUUGUUCCUUGACCAAUAUGUAAAUAAAAAGUAUAUAACGAUUGUA